AUGCCUCCCAAGACUGCUGCCGCGGGCCAGGCCCAUGGCUAUGAGUUCUGCGGACCCCCAGGAGCUGCCGCUGUCUCCUUCGGUCUGCCCAUCCUGCUCUAUCUCUUCUCCUUCGCCUGCAACGACGUCUCCGGUUGCCCUGCGCCGCUGCUCCUGACCAACUGGAAGAACAUCGACCUCCAAGAACUGAAACGCGAUGUUGGAUGGCCCGCCAACGGGGUCUGGGGCCUGGCAAGCUGGCAGGUCACUGGCUGGACACUGGCGUACUACCUCUUCAACGCCGUGCUGUACCGUGUCCUGCCUGCAGUCGAGGCUGAGGGUGUUGAGCUUAGCAGCGGCGGAAAGCUCAAGUACCGCAUGAACAGCUUCAGCUCCAUCAUCUUCACACUCGUCGUCUGCCUCGCCGGCACCAUCCAGCAGGGCGCCUACUUCCCAGUCUGGACCUUCAUCACCGACAACUACGUCCAGCUCCUCACCGCCAACAUCCUCAUAUCCUAUGCGCUUGCCACCUUUGUAUACAUUCGUUCCUUCUCCGUCAAGGCAGGCAACAAGGAGCUUCGCGAGCUUGCAGCUGGCGGUCACUCCGGCAACAUUAUAUACGACUGGUUUAUCGGCCGCGAGCUGAACCCCCGCGUGACCCUGCCGCUCAUCGGCGAGAUCGACAUCAAGGAAUUCAUGGAGCUGCGUCCCGGCAUGCUCGGUUAUAUCCUCUUCAACUGCGCCUUCGUCGCCAAGCAGUACCGCACCUAUGGCUUCGUCACUGACAGCAUUGUCUUCAUUGCCGUCGUGCAGGCUCUUUACGUGCUGGACGGCGUCUUCAUGGAGCCCGCUAUCCUCACUACCAUGGACAUUACCACCGACGGCUUCGGAUGCAUGCUUGCCUUUGGCGAUCUCGUCUGGGUGCCCUUCUCCUAUAGCCUGCAGACCAAGUAUCUGUCGGUCUACCCCGUCACCCUGGGGCCGAUCUGGCUCACGGCCGUCUUUGCGAUGCUCAUCGGGGGCUUCUCCAUCUUCCGCCUCGCGAACUCCCAGAAGAACACAUUCCGCACAAACCCGAACGAUCCAGGCGUCGCGCACCUCAAGUAUAUCGAGACCAAGACCGGGUCCCGGCUCAUCACCUCCGGCUGGUGGGGCGUUGCCCGCCACAUCAACUACUUUGGUGACUGGCUGCAGGCGUGGCCCUACUGCCUGCCCACGGGCAUGGCUGGCUACCUGAUUCUGUCCGCGGGCACAAACGCCGAGGGCGCCUUCAAGAUGAUCGACGGCAGGGAGGUCGUCCAGGGCGCUGCGAGGGGCUGGGGCAUCAUCUUCACCUACUUCUAUGUGAUUUACUUCGCCGUCCUGCUCGUCCACCGUGAUCUGCGCGACGACGAGAAGUGCCACCGCAAGUAUGGCGAGGACUGGCAGAAGUACAAGAAGACUGUCCGUUCGAGGAUCAUCCCUUACGUCUACUAG